UGUGUGUUCCGGACGUACGCACGCGCUCCAUGUUUUGCAUUUAUAAGAGUCGACGUUUCUCCGCUCGUGUCUGCAUGUGUACGUUUGUGUGUAUGUGUCUGCGCGCGUGAGUGUGCGCGCACGGCGUGCGUGUACGGAUGAGUUCAGCGUGGUAGUAACCCCGUGCCGAUCGAGUCGCGCGCCUUAGUCUCCGUUCCGUUUGUCCGCGCGCCCAGAGAGAUGCGUUUGAGUGGCUGAUCCACCUUUAGACGUCCAUCUGGUCUCUCUCUUUCUCGCUCUGUCUCUCACUAUCUCUCUCUGUCUCUCACUAUCUCUCUGUCCUUUUGUCUCUCUCUCCCUCUCUCUCUCUCCCUCUCUCUCUCUCAGACAUGGACCUCCACCGAGCUGCGUUCAAGUUGGAGAGCUCCUCGUAUGUUCCGAGCUCCAUGUCGUCUCCUGCCCUCAUGGUUCUGGCGUCGACGGCCGAGUCAGAUCGCGAGCCGUCCGUUGUCCCGUGCCAGACCGCGCGUGCGUUCAGUGUUCCGGUCUCCCUGGAAAAAGACAUGCACCUUCCAUUCCCCGGCGGCUCCUACACCUUUUCCUCUGUGUACCAGAGGCAGGGAGGCUUCACGCCCCGAGACUUCCCCGCCUCGCUGCUCCACCUGCACCCGCAGUUCGCUCCGGCUCCACUGAGCAUGCUCGGUCCCGGCGCAGUUGGAGCCUUCCGGCCAUUUGCUUCCCAGACCGAGGACAGAGACACAGGGAUUUAUCAUUCCGCCUUCCUGCCCACCAAGAGGCUGAAGGGAGGACCUGAGCCGGACACGUCCCCUCGUCUGUGCUACGCCAUUGCCGAAGGGAAGGAGUUCGAAUUUGGGGUCAACCAACUGGCCUCUGGGUCUCCCGGCGCCCUGAAAGGAGCUGAGGAUUCUGGGAAAAAGAGGUUCAGUGUGUCAGGGCUGCUGGUGGAUGCCGAGGCCUCAUGUAGCCCUGAGGAUCAAAAGGAGGGAUGUAAGGUGACGUGUGUGUGUGAUGUUCAGGCUCCCGUGUGUCCCGUCUGUCACCUGAUUCUGCGACCUGAUGAGCUGCAAGAGCAUGUGGAGCAGGAGAUGGAGAGACUAUCACAGCUGCACCUGAGUGUGAGUCCUGCACAGAGUGAGUGUCUCUCGGCCGGAUUGUCCAGGUCUGUGUUUCCUGUCCACAUUAAGCGAGAAGGUGGAUCGUGUGUUUCGUCGCCCCGCCCCCUUGACGACGCCGUGCACUCCGACAGGUACCAGACGUUUUUACGAGUUCGAGCCAACAGACAGACACGACUCAGCGCUCGCAUUGGGAAGAUGAAGAGGAGGAAAGUGGAGGAAGAGCAGAGAGACGGUGUGUGUGUUGUGGAAAACAGCUCUGUGGCAAUGGCAGGGACAGGAGACGAGUGUGAGUGGACGGAACAGAGGAGAGUGCAGGUGGUGUCCAUCCUCACCGGAUUCACAGGUUUAGUACACAGUGCGUCUAAGGAGCAGCAGGACAGUGAUGUGGACUUGGACGUGGACGGAGAUGAUACUCUGAGUUACGGCAGAGCGCAAUACACGGAGACGGAUGUGAUCCCGAGCGCCGGAGACGCCGAGGACAACGAGAUGCUCUUAAAGGAAGCAGUGAGUGGACGUUCUCCAGAACACAGCCGAUGGUCCACUGCAGAAGCUCCAUCUACGAGUCAUGAAGACCACAUCAGGCCAGAUGUCAGUGUGAACGUGUCUGCAGCCUGCAGGAGCUGUCAGUUUGAGUUACCCUCUUGUGACUCUUUUAACACACUGGAAGCAUUGAAGUCACGGAUCCGAGACCUGGAGAAGCAGCUGACUCGAGGGGAUCGGAUCAAGUGUCUGAUCUGCAUGGAAUCGUAUACGAUACCCCUGACGUCCAUCCAGUGCUGGCAUGUGCACUGUGAGGAGUGCUGGCUCCGUACGCUGGGAGCGAAGAAGCUGUGUCCACAGUGUAACACCAUCACCUCACCCGGAGACCUGCGGCGAGUGUAUUUGUGACGAGGUCGUGCUACAGCCCCGGACACACACUCCGCUCCCUGAAGACACCUUUCUGAUUGGACUUUGAUUAAAGACGAUCUCUUGCUUUUAUGCUACAGCAAAGGAGAAAAAAAAGCUAUUUCAGUCAGUAUUUUCUAUCCCUGAUUUUUUUAAUGGUGAGUGUUUGUGAGUGUUUAAAGCUGGUGGUGUAGACGCCACUGACAAAAAACCUGGCAAUGAAAAAUCGACUCCAGGAACUUUCCUUCUGUAAAUACUAACUUAAUAUUUGAGCUCUGAUUAUGAGCCUUUAUAACCACACAGCAGGAAGGAGACUUAAAUUAACAGAUAUUUCCUUUCUCUCUCUCUCUCUCUCUCUCUGUCUGUCUCUCUCUCUCAGUAUAAAUAUGUUAAGCAAGACAACUUGUACAUUUGUACGUUUAACUUCUACUGAUUUUGUAAUGGAAUAGAUUUUCAGGAGCCUUCACGACUAAAAUACGAGCCUGUAACGAUAGAAUACGAUUUUUAGUCGAUUUUCUCGUAAGUCAUUAGCAAAUUUGUCUCAAACAGGAUGUUACGUUACCAAGAAUUCAGCUAGCUGAUAGAAAGCAGGGGUUUAGGACCCUAUACUGACCCCGGGGGGGGACUUGCUCCUAUUCAGGACAUGAAGUUUCAGAACCUCAGAUUUUUUAUAUUUCGAAACACUCACACUUCCUUUUAAGAUGUAUCCUGGUAGCAUCCACAUCCAGCGAAACAUCAGAAUAUACUGACUUGUUUUAUUAUUAUUAUUAUUAUUAUUAUUAUUAAUCUUUAGUAUAUUAAUAGUAAUCUAUAUAAGCUAGAGGAGCUCAGAGUGUUCAGGUUAGCGAGGUGGACAAGACUGGAUGGCGGUGAGAAGGUCAGCUCAGGACCUGGACAUAAAAAUGGAGUCAGACUAAAUAUCGUAACUUAAAAUUGUCACUUAUUUCUGUGAGUUUUCUUUAGCACAGAGUCUAGCGCUAGUUUUGUUGGUGUCUGUACUGAGCGUCAGAGCGAUUAAGCACUUUUCAUAGAUUUGACCUGAUGUUAAAGUCUUGUAAAUAAACAGACAGAUGUUU